GUGUUGACAUGUUUGUUGUAUUGUUAAUGGGACAAAAGAACUAUCACAUUGGGCCUUCAGCAAUCGGUCUUGACAGUGCAGUGUCCCUUCGCGGCGUGUGUGGUGCUUGUCGCAGUACCAGCUCUGACUAGACAGAAAACCACGCUCAAGACCAUCUGAUAAAGUUCGUCACUAUUGUUUACAAAAUUACAGCGAUAGUAAUUUGAAAGUUGUAGAAAUGAUUUUUAAUUGCGCUGGCGGUGCAUGAGAAUGGCACAUACGGAUCUGCGUACGGGGAGAAAAUUGAAUUGCUGGCUAUAUGCUUAUUCGUCCUCGUUGCUGCCAUGUGCGAAUGUUUCUGGAGUGCAUGGCUAUUUGGCAGCUCGAUUGUGCUAAUUUUUAAAGCUGCCGGUGUUACCGCCCAGGAUACUUCCUCGUUGCCCAACGUCACCUUUCCUGAUUGGUAUUUCCCGGCUACGGAUUUCAAUAGUUCGCGUUUGAUUACCAAUAUUUCAUGCCAUAACACGGAAAUUGUGGUCGAUCUUGUGUUUGCCGAUCCUUUCUGGGGACUGCUUACCCUGGAAAAAUCCCGAGGCCUGCCUUCCUGUCAAGUGCAAGGGAAUGGUAGUGUGCAUAUGAUAUUUCGUGUCCCUUUACGCGACUGCGGCACAAUACGCACCAUAACGGAAGACGCUUAUGAGCAUACAAAUGCAAUGACUGUCAUGUUUGACCGGAGCCAUUUACUGGAAGCCGGAGAUCAGAGGAAGGUUCUAAAAUGCCGUUAUCCUAUUCCCCCACCUCCUCCUUUCCUGGAAGUUAAGCAGGAAACGCAUAACGAUACCGGAAAUAGCGCGGAAAGUUCAAGACGACUUUUGGGUGGAGAUUUGUUAUUGUUGAUUGUUUUCAUGGUUUGUUUUAUAUUUACUAAUACUUACCAUAUUUGUCCUGUGGUCACUCUUUGAUAUUUGUUGUGAUAUUGCUUGCGUGUUUGGAAGUAUUUCCUCUACAAAGAUUACUUAAUUGUCGGCGGUGUACAGUCAUUGUGAUUCAGUUCUCAGUUAACAAAAGAAUAUGGAAUCAAAAUAUAAAGGCAUUAAUUUUACCUUCUGGAAUUCCAAACCGGUGGGUAUUCCUUUUGAGAGUGCGUUCAUCAUUAAGUUCAGUUUCAUCUGUUCG